CACUGAUAUGAAGUAGAGGGCGUUGACGUUUUAAUGUCAUUUGUCGACGUAAACAAGCUUGGUGGUUAUCCUGUAUUUAUUGUUUAUUUUUAUAUAUAAACUCGAUUAAUUACCAUGUCGGCACACAAUGUUAAUGUCUGCGACAUCACAGACGAUGUGAAAGAAGUGUUAAAGAAGUUCAGGUUUCAAAAACACACGUCGAAUUCAGCGCUCAUAUUAAAGGUGAACAGAGAGAAACAGACGCUAGAGGUGGACGAAGAGUUGGAGAAUGUGGAGCUGGAGGAGUUGCAAGACAUUCUGCCGUCACACCAGCCACGGUUCAUUGUAUACAGUUACAAGAUGGAACACGACGAUGGACGCGUCUCCUUUCCAAUGUGUUUCAUUUUCUACACGCCCAGAGACGCGCAUAUGGAACUACAGGUAAUGUACGCCGGAACACAGAGGGCGCUAGCGGCGGCUGUGGGCGCCCCCCGUCUAUUAGAAGUUAGAGAAAUAGACGAACUGACAGCUGACUGGCUGAACGAAAAACUGAAGAAGUAGACUGAUCAUCAGUAUUGUUAAUGGGAAGCUUUAUAUUAAUGACGUCUGUAUAUGGAUGGUUUUAUGUCAAGACUAGCUAAUCUCACGCGGUUUCACCGACUGCUCGGCUACUACGGAUCAUAGCGUGAUGUUUUAUAGCCCAUAGCCUUCUUCGAUCAAUGGACUAACAAACACAAAAAGAAUUGUUCGAUUCGAACCAGCAGUUUCAGAGAUUAGCGCGUUCAAUUAAACAAAAUCUUCGGUUUUAUAAUAUUAGUAUAGAUAUGUACUUGGUUCUAGAUUUAUGUAAAUGUCUUUAUAAAGAAAACCUGCCUAUAAGCAAAGGCCACUGCUGAGCAAAGGCCUCUUCUCCGUGUGAGAAGAGGCUUUUGAGCAUUAACCACCACGCUUGUUUAAGGCCGGUUAGCGAUUUCAAACUUAUAAUUAGAUAUUGUAAGUCCAGGUUUCCUCACGAUGUUUUCCUUCACCGUAUGUCAGUGGUGUCUAAAUAAACUAAGAAAAUAAUCGCUCUAUAUAUUCGUUAAAACUGUACAAAAAUCCGUCCGGCAGUUUUCGAGUUCAAUGCAGACA